GAGUUGAAGGAAGUUAUAUGGGGUGUCAUGGCUGAGGUAGGGAAGCCUAACCUAGUAGAUUUUUUUCCCAUACUUGAAAAGAUUGAUCUUCAAGGAAUAAGACGUCGUGCAAUCAUUCAUUUUGGUAAGUUGUUUAAACUUUUUGAUGGUUUGAUCAAUGAGCGAUUGGAGGAAAAGAGAAGAUCAGGAUUCAUGGAAAAGAGUGAUGUUCUGGAAAUGUUUCUCAAUAUUACUGAAAAAAAUCUUGAAGAGAUUGAUCAUAAUCACAUCAAGUCCAUGUUCCUGGACCUAUUUGGUGCGGGUACUGAUACAACUACAAGCACAUUGGAAUGGGCAAUGACAGAAUUGCUUAAACAACCUGAGAUAAUAAAAAAAGCUCAAGUUGAACUCGCAGAAAUCAUUGGAAAAGGAAAACCAAUAGAAGAAGUUGAUGUUUCUCGACUCCCUUACUUGCAAUGCAUUAUCAAAGAAACAUUAAGAAUGCACCCACCAAUUCCGCUCUUAGUUCCGCGCAAAGUGGAGCAAGAUGUUGAAUUGUGUGACUACAUCAUUCCCAAGGGCUCACAGGUACUAGUUAAUGUGUGGACGAUUGGUCGAGAUUUUACUUUUUGGAAGGACCCUUUAGUGUUUAAACCCGAGAGAUUUUUGAGUUUGGAUUUGGACACGAGAGGACAAGAUUUUGAGUUGAUUCCAUUUGGUGCGGGGCGAAGACUAUGCCCUGGCUUGCCACUAGCAUCGAGGAUGAUUCCAGUAAUGUUGGGCUCACUCUUGAAUUCAUUCAAUUGGAAACUUGAAGCAGGCAUUGAGCCAGAAGAAUUAGACAUGGAGGAGAAGUUUGGUAUCACCUUAGCUAAAGCUCGUCCUUUGCGAGCUAUCCCCUCUCCUCUUUGAUGUUGCAUUGCCUAGUCGAUAAAUACUUCUUUGUAUUUGAUAUUUACAAUGAACCAAAGUAUUUAAGUCUUAAUAAUCUUAUCACUUCAUCGUGACUUAACCAUGAUUAAGUGAUAUGUAUAAUACCUAUGUAAUAUAUAUAUAUAUAUAUAUAUAUAUAUAUAUAUAUAUAUAUAUAUGUAUAUUGACUAUAUGAUGUUUCUCAUUAAUGUUAUUUUCUUUAGAAAAAUAGACAAAAAGAGAAUAAAUAUAAAAGAUUAUGAAGA